CCAGUUAGCAGGGACUUCCUGUUAAGACGAUAAGGUACGCGCAUACAACGUACUCUACACCGGCUAGAGCAUCAUGGCAAAUGCUGAUGCAGUAUUUGGAAAACUUCAAGAGAUUGGACACGAUCUGGGGAAAGAAAGGGUUACUAAUGCACUUGCCAAAAGUCUUGAAUACAAGUCGACAACUGAAGGAAACUUGAAAACAAUUCUCGCUCAAUUUGGUUGUAUUGGAAUUGGUGUCAAGGAUAUGCUUGACCCGAACAUCGUUAAAAAAUGGUAUGGACUGAUUUCCAUCGUGUCUGCUGUUCGGGAGUUAGUGCCUUUAUUGACACCCGCAGCAAAGGAGUUUGCAAAUUUUAUACGUUCCAUUUUCAUAUCUAUAGAUAAAAAUCCGAGAGGUCUUCAGAGCGCUAAUGUAAUUGAUAUACUGGCUAAAACUCUUGAUUCCUUUGGAGAUGAUGUGAUGAAAGCCGAUGUAGAUGGCGCAUGUCGAGUGUUUUCCUUUGCACAUGACGUUCUUAUUGGUGUGAGCUCUGAUUCUGACGAGUGUCCAAACAGAAGUGAAAUAUCGGAUGUAAUCAAUAUGAUUGACAUAAAGAACGGCGUGAAAACGUUGGGACAAGUAGAAUCAAGAAUUUUUUCUUUGAUGGAAAACGAGCCUACAACACAAUCAGAGAGAGAACUGUCCACGUACAGCGAGAGAGUUACCAAGUUCGUCGACAUGUACUGUCACCUUGCAAUUCUCCGUGACGCCGUCAUGCUGGAGUUUUACGCUUUGCUUAUAUCCUCAGGACAUUCUGACCGCCUGGCAAAAGGUGUCACGGAAGGAAUGGAAGGUGAGCACGAGCGGGACAGGAACUUGAUAAAAUCGUUGGUACUCCCUAACCAAAAACAUGUUCGGUUUGCCUCAUUCUUUGAUCCUGACCGUUGGCCGUUCACUUUUAAAUUCAUUGAAGGCUACAAGGAUUUCUAUACAAUGGACAAUCUGGAUAAGGUACCAGUUGUCAUGAACACUGUGAAAUGGAUGAAUUGGUUUGCAACACACGACACAAAACCAGCAGUAUGUCUCCGUUCCUUGAAAUCCUCGUUGGAAAGACCACUGGACAAAACAAAACACAACUUCGUCUUACUGAAGAAAGAGGGAUCUUCCUGUUACUACAUUAGCCCUCAAGAUAAGAAGGAUUGGUAUGUUGUUAUGAGGAAUGACGAUAAGAAGUGGGUGGAGGUCAGACGAGGAAAGCCUGGCAGAGAAGGCGAGUGGAAUCUCUUCAAUGUUCAGGACAAAGACUCCGUGUAUAUUCUCUCCACCAGGCGAUGGCCAGUUCAUUUUCUGAGCAUGUCCGACACGUGGUUUGGCUGGAUACAUGGAAAGGCAACGUCUGUCUCGGACCCGUCUGUGCAAUGGGUGAUACAGUACAACGGAUCGAGGGCGUAAGGUGUUUUUAGUCAAUUGCCUUCCUAUGUUCUGCAAUGGCUUAAAUUCGUAAACGGUUCUGGCGUCAUCAGUUAUACAGUUUUGGUGACGAUUGAUUUUUAAUCAUAUAUGACCUAUAUCCACCUGCUUAUGAAGUCUGCCGGCAAGUACCUAUUAUAACCGUUGUUCAGGAUUGCUUUAUUAGAAUUGCUAUACAUUUCAUUUUUCGUGGAGGGUUCACGUAGAUAUUAUUAUCAUUGCUAUGUAAAAUUGGAGUAAACUUUACCUUACAGUCAAUGACCUUGUUUCAGUUGAAUACGAUUGUUGAUUAAUUGUAGUUCAAGUUAUUAAACUUAGCUUAUAUCAGUAAUAACCUGUAAUAUGUGUGUAUAGCUGUCAUGCCAUCUAUACCAAAUAUAUAGGUUUGGAAAUCAUGUUUACGUUCACCCGUUCGAGUAACCUAGUCCACCGUCUUAUCUUAUUAGGUAUAAUUUUAAAGCAUUGCGUAGUUUGAUUCAUGCAUGAAGCUGAUUGGCUGUCAAUGUUUGACCAGUAACGUGAUCUAUGUCCAGUCUCAUCUUUCAGUUAGAUUGAAAGCGUUAGCCAUUUUGUUUCUUCAAUUCUAUCAAUUUUCUUCGAUCUUUGACUACUUUACCACAAUGUUAUACCGUUUGGAUUUAUGGACCAUACAACUUUGUGAGCUUAUAAAACUUUGUACACAGUUGUGACUACACUAUGUACUCAUUUCAAGUAUUAUGAGAUUGAUAAACUUUCGUGAGUGCGAUAGUGUCCAUUAUGGCGGGACGCCGAGCUCAGAGACAAAAAUCUUCUGGUGAAUCUGUGGACAUGGGAAAUGAUAUGAACUGGAGUACGUCUCGGUUACGACAUGAACUUUGAGUGAAAUGCAUAAUAUCUUCACCGAAUUUAUCCCAUCGUGGUUGCAACUAUUUGUGGGGACAUCUAUGAGAAAAGAAGAAAAUCUUAUUUAAAUGUGACAAUCUAGCAACUGUACAUAUCAUCAAGAAAGGAAGAUAUAAGUUAAAUCAAUUAUGAUGUUGAUGCGACAGUUUACUUGGUGGCUAUCCAAUUCAACUUUGCUAAUUUUGCUGAACAUGUACCUGGUAUUAGCAAAGACAUUGCCGUUUCUCUAUCUCGUUUACAGAAGGACAGAUUCCGGUCAUUAGUCCCAACAGCAGAAGCUCACCCAUUUCAGUGCCCGCACCCCAUCGCGGUGAUGUGGAAUGGUCCGACGAUGUGACAAGUAUCCUCAACAAUACUUUUGCUUCGUCUACCAGAGGAUCGUACUUGUCAGGUUACAAGGCUGGCUGUCGUUAUUUGUGUUUGAACAACAGAACUUGGUCAUAUACGCCUCCUGUGUCAGAACAAUUGUUGAUGAAUUUUGCGGCUCAUUGCCAUCAACAUUGAAACCUAAGAUACUCUACUAUUAAGCUGUACUUGUGCCAUCAUUUCCUGUCAUCAGCUGUAGACUGUCCUCUGUACACCCAGAACUUCAACUUCGCUCGUCUGCAAUUAGUCAUGAACGGCAUCAAACGUAUGGAUGGGAGUCCCAAGUUAUCUCGGUAUACAGUGACCUUCCCAGUGUUACAUUCUCUCUGCACACGACUUCGGAAAGGAGUUUUUAAUAUUAAACUGGACAGAAUGAUGUAAACCGUUUGUGUAGUUGCUUUCUUCGGGUUUUUGCGGUGUGGAGAAUUUACAUGUAUGAGUCCUUUUGAUCCUAUGACAAAUUUAUGUGUAGGUGAUGUAACAAUAGCUGUUGAUCACACUACAUUGUCAUUAAAGACGUCAAAAACUGACCCUUUCAGAAAAGGUGUGCACAUCCGAUUGUUCUGUACUUCUAAAUCACUGUGCCCCAAGUGAGUUUUAGACAAGUAUAUACGUUCUAGACAUCAGGAUUGUGUCUCCUCAGCCGAUGCAUUGUCUGUAACGGCAAACGGACAACCAUUGACAAGAACUGUGUUUAUCAAUAUGUUAAGGCAUGUACUUUCACUUUGUGGUUUUGAUCACAAUCUUUUUAAUGGACACUCUUUCUAUAUAGGGGCUGCCACAUCAGCAGCUUCAAAGCAUAUUGAAAAUCAUUUGAUCAAGACUUAAGGCCGAUGGUCUUCCGAUUCAUAUUGUCGCUACAUUCGACUUCCACGGAAGUUCUGUUAUCAGCUCAGAAACGCUUGAGUGAACGAUAGAUAUCUUACUAGUGAGGAAAGUGAACUAUCGUAUUUGUCUUACCUACAUGAACUUGUUCAGAUGUUCUUGUGUAUACAAAUGAUUCGAUUUACAAUUAUGUUUCCCACAUAUGUGGAUACAAGAUAAUAGCAUACUUUGAGAAGAUCAAUGGUACUUGUACAUUUCAGUUUAUUUCUAUUGUUCUUUACCAAUCAGUUUCGAUUUAAACCUAGAACCUCAUUUUAUGUAUUAUCAUGACAACAGCUCUUAUAAUUUGUUUAUUUCUUUUAAUUCUUAUUACUUUGGGAUUCUCACCUAGCACUUCCAUUCGCACCUGGUAAUUUUGGACAUCAUUCUUACAAUGAAUUUCCCAAUUAAUAAAUUAUGUGCAACAUUAUCAGUUUCAGAGAGUUUCAAAGCGCUCGUUGUGGCAGUAUGCCUUCUGCCCGUAGAUGUUACAACUCUUUGAGAUUGAUGUUAUGAACUUAUUUCAUCAAGAAGCAACAACAUUUCAAUAUUCUCUGUCAAUAAAAAUAGCCAAUUUAUCUUGUUGAUUACAAUAAGUCUAGGUAGUUUUAACAUAUCUUUAAUUAUAUGAUUUCACAGAGUUCCAGUACUCAUUGUGGCAGUACCAACUUCCCUGUGGUUACUGUUAAAGUUACCUCCGUAAAUUGGCAACUAUACAACAGAAGCUCUAAUAUAUUGCUGCUUGAUGUCUUUCCUUUUUGGUCGUUGCAGAGCAAUUCUGCUUUACACAGCAGAGCAAUUCUGCACUAUGUUUAGCCUUCGCUAACCAUCUUUUUAACGAAUCAGAGCAGAGUCUUCAAUCCAAGUAGAGUUAGGUGUUUUGUAUGUAUGUUAUAUUACGUGUAUGCAUAUAUUUGUUGCCUAUAUUGAGUUUCGUUUGUUUAAAUCAAUACAAGUCAAGAAACUUGAAUAUGUGAUACCUCACAAGGUCGGAGUAAAGUUCAUACUCCGAGAAAAUGAUAUUGGUCGAGUGAAUGAAAUAUCACCUUGAAGAGUUAAUAAAUUCUCCUAUUCACAUGAAAACAUGUCAAUAAAUGUUUUAUUAUAUAACGACAAUCAGUUCUUCUGAUUGAUCCAAAAUUGAAACAUAGGCUUUUAGAUUAAUUUUCCAGUGAUACGCCCGACGGAAUAUUUGGACUGUUACAUUCAACUCUUAUAUAUAGAGCUGCCUCUUUCGGUGUAACAUCGCUAUAGUUUUAGACCCAAGAGAGGUGUUUUGAUCAAUCGGAUUGUAGGAAAAGUGAGUCACACAAUAAUGCAUUGAUACCGGAGACUCAUGUUUUCAUGUCUCAUGUUUGGUUGUAAUUAUUCUAUGCUAUGACAUUUUGAAUUAGUAUUGUUUUGGUUUUGGUAAACAGGCCAUGACAGCUCAUUCUAUCCGAGGUGCUUUAUUCGCACUUGCAUAGUCAGCAUUGUUGUCAACCUUGUUACCAUUUGGAAAGAUGUCAGUAGUCAUAUUAACACAUUAAGAGUAAAGGUGUUGAAUAAGAUAGUCGUCUUAUCUAACUGCCGGAAGUUCGUUGUAUUGACAGAGAACUACCUGUAGGUAAUUGUUGAUAACAAAUAAAAAGCUAA